AUUUUCCAAUUCAUACAUAUACACACAAUAUAGAUAUACUCAAUGAUUGCAAGUGAUAUUGAAGAUUCUAUUAACCAUACCAUUGAAGGACUUGACAAACAACUCCGAGAUAUCAGUUUAAAAAUUCAUGACGAUCCAGAACUUGGCAAUCGCGAAUUUCAUGCAUACCAUUUGUUGACCAACUAUCUCGAAAACCAAGGUUUCCAUGUCAUUCGUCAAGCUGCUGGUAUGGAAACUGCCUUUAUUGCUGAAUAUUCUAAUGGUGAAGGUCGUAGAGUUGGUUUCUGUAGUGAAUAUGAUGCUUUACCAGGAGUUGGCCAUGGUUGCGGACACAAUCUUAUUGCUAUUGCUGGUGUAGCCUGCGCUAUGGCAGUAAAACAAUUGUUACAAAACAACAAGAUUCAAGGUACUGUAGUAUUGUUUGGAACACCUGCUGAAGAAAGUACAAGUGGAAAAAUUACUUUUGUAAAAUCAGGUGAAGUGAACCGUCGCGUUGAUGUAUCUAUGAUGUUGCAUCCUUUUGCGCAAGAUUCAUUGUAUGUUCGUAUGUUGGCUUUGGAUACUUUGGAAGUUGAAUUCUUUGGAAAGCAAAGUCAUGCAGGCAUGGCUCCUUGGAACGGAAUUAAUGCGGUGGAUGCGAUUAUGCAAGGUUUUGAUAAUAUGGCUAUGCUUAGACAACAAGUACUUCCAAGCAAUAGAAUGCAUGGUAUUAUCACAGAUGGAGGUCAAGCUGCCAAUGUUAUUCCUGCUCAUUCUGCCGCACGACUUUAUGCACGAUCAGUCACACGAAAGCAAUUAGAAGACUUGAAGAUCAAGAUGGAAAAUUGUUUCAAGGCAGCAGCAAAAGCAACUGGAUGUACUUACAAAAUGUCAUGGGGUGCAAAGGGACCAGUGGAAGAUGUUUUUAUGAACACAACUCUUGCCGAAUAUUACAAGGAAUUGAUGGAACGACAAGGUGUUAAAUAUCUCCCUCGUGCUGAAGAAGAACAAAUCAUUGGAGCUUCUACUGAUAUGGGUAAUUUUAGUUAUGCUGUACCUUCUAUUCAUCCUGCUUUUGGUAUUGCCACUACUGCUACUAAUCACACCAAAGAAUUCGCUGAUGCUGCUGCUACUGAAAAGGCUCAUGAACUUACUCUCCGUGCUGCUAAAUGUCUUUCUCUUACUGCUGCUCGUGUUUAUCUUUCUGAAGCUUUCUAUAAGGCUGCUGUUGUGGAUUUUGAAAAAGGAAAACCUGAAUAAAAUAUAUAGUUUAGUUCUUUUUACAUAGUUAAAUUAGAAUAAACUUCUUUUUUUUUUGAACAAUU